CUACCCCUCUCCCUUCUUGACGAGCUGCCGACCGGCCGCUCGUCGGUGGUCGGAGGCGAUGGCGCUGAGUGAGCAGCGCAGGUCGGCCACACCGAGGUGCUCCCUGGCUGAGACGGCGUGGACAAACGGCCAGACCAACUCGAGCGGCAGCUGCUGAAGCGCCACCACCACGCGCAUCAUCAGGCUGUGCAGAUCCAUCGGCUGCACGCACCCAAACCAACACACAACACACACACACAGAGGGAGAAUAUCCCCUUGUCUGUCUCUGUCCGCUGUGUUGGUGCUGUUGUCACUACUCACCUUCAGCAGGUCGACCUUUGUGAGCACCAGCUGAUGGAUGACGGACCGACACAGACGCCGCAGCAGAUAGAUGAUUAGUGGACACAAGAGCCUGUCCGUCCUCGAUGUCUCCCUCGUGCCGUUCGUCUGGCCGGGCUUGCCCUCGAUCACUGCCGAACAGACAGCAAGACAGUGACACAGAAGGGGAGACAUGGUCACAACCUGUUGUGUUGUGACUUGUGUUGUGGCGUGCGCGACCUUCCCGCAGCACUGUCUAUGUGGUUUCGGGUGCGGCUGUCGGCAGAGGGGGAGGCAGGAAGCGCGCGGCAAGAAAAGCUGCAGGGAUAUACAUGUCUCGGAGGCGUAUGCAGCGGGGGCGAGAUGAGGGGCAAUCUUGAAGUGCUCGUGCGCCGCACUCACACACUGGCUCUUCUCGCUAUCGGUGAACUCCGGCCCAGGGGCUUUGCUGGCCAGCGUGACCACGGCAAGCUGGAAGGCCGUGAAGCUCAACUCAUUGGCCUCGAUCUUCCUGUCCUCCUCGUUGCCGGCCGAGACAGGGCUCCAGUAUGUGCGCUGGAUCGUCACCGGUGCCAGCAGUUCCGACACGUCGAAGUCGGCACACAGCUGCUGGAAACCCGACAGGGGCAAGGAGUGGCCGCCGCGUGCGUUGUGGGUGAAGAGCUGCUUCACGCGGGGGCGGAUUGAUGCGAGCAGCUCCUUGACCAGGGGGUCGGUGUUGAUGGCCUUGACCUUCGCGGUCCCUGUGGUGUGGUCCUUGGCAACGGUUGCGUCGUAUAGGGGUUUGAGGAUGUGAGUGGUGAGGAGGACCAUGGGCGAGGGGUUCCCGCUCUCCAUCGCCGCAUGAACCUCGCGAGGCAACUCCUUCAACGCCUGGAAACACACACAAAAGCGAGACAUGGACGUUUCUGGUUUGGGCGAGUGUAUUGUAUGUGUCCUUUUCUCAUCGACCUUUAGCCACUGGUGCAGCUCCAU